GCAUAUAAUGAGCGCCAAAAUAGCCAAAUACAGGCUGCAGGAAAACCUCGCUAUGAUGCGCGGUCGGUCAGCCCAGGGAAGAUGGACUUCCAAACCUAUUAUCCACCGAAUUGAAACUUGCCUGAGGAGCCUUCGUCGUCACCACUGAGACAAUAAACAGAUUGGCAGAUGGUCUCGUGACCAUGUUCACUGUAUGCUGUCAAGGAAAAUCUGAUGCAUACAUUGCUGCUUUAUGUCGUGGCCAAUCCCGGGUUAAUAGAGGCUUGAAUGUGCUUGAAAGGUUUGCUGUGUCGUCAGAUAGUGAUUUCCUAAUCUAUCCAAGUAUCUCCUACGUAGUUAGGAGGUUAACAGGGCAAGAAGGGUUUGUUCUGUUGAGGAAGAUCGAUGUAAUGCAAGCUCUUCGGCUACCGUCCCCUGAUCACCUUGAGGAUUUUGGAGUGGUGUCUAAAAACGACUAUACAAAUAAUAUCCCACAGUAUGGCCUAUCGAGGAAUCUAAACAUCAUCCGAAAAUUGCCUCAAGCUCAAUCGGCUCGUGCGUUACUAGCCUCCUAUAUCACCACGAUGAACCAAAGGCCAAUCACGGCUAUCGCUUCUGAGUACUUUGCUCUAGCUGGUAAUGUCUUUUUAGAUAUCACACCUCAUCUAUGCCGCUCACAGCAUAUAUCCGCGAAGGAUCAAGCCCCAAUCAGUUCCGGCCACACUUCAAGAGUAAAGAAGCAAAGCUGCAUCCCCAAACAAUGACCCUGAAUGCUGACAUACACAGUUCUCGUCCAGCGUCACCGCGAGAUCCGUCUAGGAAGGCUACAUAGCGUCGGCUCUACAAGAAGAAGAUACUACCAAGGAGAAGUAGUACAUCAGAAC